CCAAUGAUUUGCCGAAAAGUUGACAAGCAGUGUCACCAACACAAAAACAGUUUGUUUUGCAAGUAAUCAUGGCAUCAGAGCGGUAUAGUUUUUCUCUGACUACUUUCAGCCCUUCAGGAAAACUGGUCCAGAUUGAGUAUGCGUUGGCUGCCGUGGCCGCAGGCGCCCCCUCCGUGGGGAUCAAAGCGUGUAAUGGAGUCGUUAUUGCCACCGAAAAUAAACACAAAUCGAUUCUUUACGACGAACACAGUGUGCACAAAGUCGAGAUGAUAACCAAACACAUUGGAAUGAUUUACUCGGGGAUGGGCCCCGAUUAUAGAUUGUUGGUGAAACAGGCCCGAAAAAUGGCCCAGAAGUAUUUCCUCACCUACAGGGAGGCCAUCCCCACGGUGCAGCUGGUGCAACGUGUGGCGGCUGUCAUGCAGGAGUACACGCAAUCGGGGGGCGUGAGGCCCUUUGGGGUGUCUUUGCUGAUCUGCGGGUGGGACAGUGGACGGCCCUAUUUGUUCCAGUGUGACCCUUCGGGGGCCUAUUUCGCCUGGAAGGCCACUGCGAUGGGGAAGAAUUACAUCAAUGGCAAGACUUUCUUAGAGAAGAGAUACAGCGAAGAUUUGGAGUUGGAUGAUGCAGUCCACACGGCGAUUUUAACGUUAAAAGAGAGUUUUGAGGGGCAAAUGACGGCGGAUAAUAUCGAAGUUGGGAUUUGUGAUGAGGCAGGGUUCAGGAGAUUGGAGCCUUCACAUGUUAAAGAUUAUUUGGCGAAUAUACCUUAAAUGCGUUUUUGUACACAUUUUGCUUUGCAUAAUUAAAUUUUUUAAAACCUA